CGGAGGUGUAGCUGUUGCCGUUGCUGCCGCCGCCGCCGCCGCCAGGCCUCCUCCGGCGAUGCCGCUGCACAAGGUGCCCCCGCGGCUGUGGGAGGCGCGGAAGCUGGAGCGCGGGCUGCCGUCGCGGCUGCCGGCCCACUACCUGCGCGCCCUGCGGGAGGACCAGGCCGCCCCGCCGCCCGCCGUGCACUGGAGGCCGCUCGGCGUCAAGUACGUGCGCCACCCCGUCACCGGGGAGCGCCUGCGCGUGCAGGACGUGCCCGUGGCCCCCUACUACCCGCCCGAGAGCCAGGAGGGCCUGUGGGGCGGCGAGGGCCUCGUGUCCGGCUACCGCUACGCCAACGGAGACAAGCUUUCGGCCCGAGUGAAGAAGGUCUGGAAGCCACAACUCUUCUAUCGCGACCUCUACAGCGAGAUCCUUGAUAAGAAGUUCACCACCACAGUCACCAUGAGGACGCUGGAUCAGAUUGACGCAGCCUACGGCUUUGACUUCUACAUCUUAAAGACCCCAAAGGCUGAGCUGAGCUCUAAACUGGGCAUGGACCUGAAGCGCACCAUGCUCUUGAGGCUUGCACGACGGGACCCUGCUCUCCAUCCAGAUGACCCAGCAAAGAGAGAGGCGGUUUACAACAAGUACAAGGCGUUUGUGAUCCCCGAGGAGGAGGCUGAAUGGGUUGGGCUGAGUUUGGAAGAAGCUCUGGAAAAGCAACGGCUCCUGGAGAAGAAGGACCCUGUUCCCCUGUUCAAAGUCUAUGCAGAAGAACUGGUGCAGCAGCUGCAGGGACAGAAACUUCCCGAAUAGGCUGAGGAGCUGAAGUUCUAACAAGCCACAGCCAGCUCGGAUUUGUGCACUCCUCGUUGUCUUUGGACUUAGGUUCAGCAAACUACGGGACGCAGCUUCCCUGUGCUAGGGCUGGAUCCAGAACCGUGACGUCUGUGGAAGCUGCUGAGGCUUAAUAUGUGAGAAAGGGGAAGGAGAUGCUGGCUGUGCUCCCUGGGAGAGACUGACAAAAGAACUCUGGACUUGAGGGAGGGAGCAACCGUUUUGAACUGCAUUCUCAUCUUCCAUUCAGGCUGCUUUUGCACAGCGCCAAUAAAGAGGAGGCUGCUUUCACCUCGA